GAGCGCCCCCUCCUGUCACACUACGCUCACACAGGAACACCACAUGCGCGCUUUUGUUUCCGGCCGGUCGCAUUGCAGGGUGCACAGCUCCGCAGCAGUGUGAGCUAAGGUUAGAAGAGUCAGAGCCGGAGAAAACCUGGAGACUGGCGGCAUGAAUGCGGCGGCGUGUAGUACGCUUCUCCGGGUGUGCAGACAGGGCAGCCGGGGCUGCCCACCUUGGAUAUGGAAGCGUGAAAGUCAUUGGCAAACUUCUCUGCUAGGCCUUCGUUCAGAACUUCCUAUGAGAGCUGAACCUAAGAAGAAGAAGAAGGUGGAUCCUAAGAGGGAACAAAUAGCAAAGGAGCGCAUAAGAAAAAAACUUAAGAGAUUGGAGCGUAUUCCACCAGAAUUUAUACCCAUUGAAGACUUUACACGAUCUGCAAAGUUCUUGGAUGAAAGCAGAGUUCGGAAGCAACCAAAGAUUUCUGAAGAAGAACAAGAAAGACGGGCUCUGCUUAUUAAAAAAUGGUCUUGGAUUAAGCAACAGGAACAUGAUGCAGAGCACAGGGGAAUUGCAUCUCUCUUGGAAUCUCAAAGAAAAGCCCUGGAAGAAUUGCGCCUAGAGUCAGAGGAGCUCUACAAUGCCGCUAUCCGUUGUGACACAGGAUUGUUACCUUUGGAAAAUCCUGGACCAUGUAACACUCCCCCAAUCUCCAAAUACAAUCCACCAGAUGGGAAAUACAAUGAUAUAACUAAAGUGUACACCCAACAAUAAGGGCAUAUGUCUGACUGUGAUCUUCAAUUUUGGUACUUUUCUAAGUUUGAAGAACGGAACAAUGGACGCUUGAAUUUUGUGCCACUUUUUUUUUUUAAAUGGAAAAAUGUCUGAGGUACAAAAAAAAAAAAAAUAUACAAAGUUACCAUAGGAGAUAUGGAUGUUAGGGUAGGUUCACACGCGCAGAUUUUUUAGCGGGUUUUCCGCUGCGUAUUUGAAAGUGGGCGGGCUCUUCUCGGCUGUCCACAGCCGAUUUACCGCGGCAGAAUGUACACCGAGGAAAAUCUGCCGCAAGCCCCAUUGAAGUCAGUAGGGACUUCCGCCGCGGAAAAUCUGCUGCGGACAGCCGAGAAGAGCCCGCCCACUUUCAAUUACGCAGCGGAAAACCCGCAAAAAAAAUCUGCGCGUGUGAACGUACCCUUAUACACUUUUCGGUAUAAAACAAAGCCUAAACAGUGUUGCCAUGGUUAGUAUUUUUCCCAAGAAUCCACGUUUUGGGGCCUGUUCUUUCUCGAACUCUUGGAUAUUUUAGUUAAUUGGAAAUGCAUAACUAAUACAUUUUCUGAAGUAAUAUAAGACAUUGGAAGUUCUGGUGUUUUACAUAGUCCAGUGUAAGGUAGAAGUGUGGAAAUGAUGCACAAAAUGCUUCCCCGAGAUGCCCAGUAACUGAUUCAAAACUAGUGCAAAGGCCUAGCAACCAAUCAGAAAACAGCUUUGACUUUCCAAAGUACAUUGGGGUCUAAUGUAUGUUAUGUGCAACUUCUCCACAUUCCGACGUCACUAAUUCUAUUUGGAGAUUUUAUUUUCAGUGCUUUGUAGACUUUUCUUGGCUUAACACAAGAUAAUUUUUUAUGUAUUGUUUUGGAACAUAACCUAGGCAAACGUACCUUUUAGACCACAGUCACUCAUUGAAGGUUAGAAAAGUGUCAUUUUGGCCUCCAUUCAGGUGUUCUCCGAAGGCGCUAUUUGAUACAGCAAGAUCCUUAUAAAAUAAAUGCAUUACUGAAAUAAA